AUAUUGGGUCUAAAAUUGGCCACUGAAAAUACCUAUCAUGAGUAAGAAUUGAAUUGUAGAAAGUUACCUCCUCCAGUUGGCUAAAAAACAUCAAAUCAAAACAUAAUAGGCCUAUUAUACAUAUUGUGGGCCCUCUUUAGAUAAGGGAACUUUAAAUUAUCAACUUUUUUCAACAGCCUUCUUGAGUAAUUUAUCCUAAUCCAAUUCACACGGAAAGAAACCGUAUAUUUGUAUUUCAUUCUAGUAAAAGUUAACCUGUUGAAUAAGGACAGGCACCACACACAUGCCUACAUACAUUUUCGCGCGCUUGUAUUGUCACGGUCAACUCUCGGCAGGGAACUAUCUUGACUCGCAUCGACACUCUUUGGCAGUAGCCGUGGGAGCGCUGUAAUUGGCGGCCGUGGAAGCGAAAGGAAGUAUUUAGUUCACUGCGAGGUUUCAUUGGAAGAGAAAGUCGAAGAUUAUUCAGAGUAGUGUUUAUCAUCAAGUAGUAGUCUAUUUUAUUUUUUACCCCACUAGAAAAAGCACAACUCUUUGACAAUGUCUUUUAACAAGGGUCCUGCCUUCGGAUUAUCAGCGGAAAUCAAAAACAAGAUCGCCCAGAAGUACGACACUCAGAAAGAGGAGGAGCUCAGGGAUUGGAUUGAAGACGAAACCGGCGCUUCCAUCGGCCCAGACUUCCAGAAAGGCCUGAAGAAUGGAAUCAUUUUGUGCACCCUUAUGAACAAACUUUCCCCAGGCUCUGUGAAAAAGAUCAACCAGUCGACACUAAACUGGCAUCAGCUGGAGAACUUGACGACCUUCAUCAAAGCCACCACAGUGUUUGGUCUGAAGCCUCAUGACAUCUUCGAAGCCAACGACCUGUUUGAGAAUGGCAACAUGACGCAGGUCCAGUCAACGCUGCUCGCACUCGCUAGCAUGGCCAAGACCAAGGGCUGCACCACACGGGUGGAUAUCGGGGUGAAGUACGCUGACAAGCAGGAGAGGAUGUUUGAUGAUGCGAAGAUGAAGGCAGGACAGUGCGUCAUCGGCCUACAGAUGGGGACCAACAAGUGUGCCAGUCAAGCAGGUAUGAACGCAUACGGCACCAGGAGGCACUUAUAUGACCCCAAAGCUCAAAUCCAGCUCCCCAUGGACAACACAACCAUCAGCCUGCAAAUGGGAACCAACAAGGGCGCAAGCCAGGCUGGGAUGACGGCUCCAGGGACAAGGCGUGCCAUCUACGACCAGAAGAUGGGCACAGACAAGUGUGACAACAGCACCAUGUCCCUACAGAUGGGCUACAGCCAGGGAGCCAACCAGAGCGGCCAGAACUUUGGCCUGGGACGACAGAUCUAUGACGCCAAGUACUGUCCUAAAGCUGGAGAGGUUGCAGAUGAGCAAAACGGAGCAGCCGUCGCCCGUGAAUUCAUCCCAGAUUUGCAAGAUGAGGGUUACCAGGGUUACCAGGAAGAGGAGCAGGUAUACAAAGAAGAUGGGACAGAUUAAUAGAAGGAAGGACGGGAAAGAGAUUGUCGAGAGGCAGAAACCCUCAAGUCUCACAGGAUGUCGCACCUUUUUUCUUUUUUAGGUCAUAUCCUUUUUAGUAUUGUAUGAAAUAGUUUUCUUACCCCUAUUUGUGCGAAAACCAAUGUUACACAUAUCAUGAUGAACUGUAUUUCUGUGAUUUUUGUAUUUAAAGUGACCACCAAAGCCUGUCUUUUUGGCUUGGUUAGUUUUUCUAUCCCAGGGAUUCUUUGUUUUUUUUUCACGUGCCAAAGUCCUACUUUUUUUCUUUUUCUGUUUUUUGCUGACUCAUUUAGUUGCAUUAAGGGAGAUUAGUAGGCUUAUGUAACGGCAACAUGAAACUAAAAGUGAAACAUUAUGGAGUUUUUUUUUUUUUUUUUAAAGAGUGCAUCAUGUUUUGAUCAAAACGCCCUGCUUGUGUUAUCUGUAAUCACGGCAUCUGUAUGAACAUGAUUCCUGUGAAUGAGAACUUUCAUUGUUUGUUACUUCAGCUUUGUCUUCAUCCCCUCAGAAUUAAACAUUUUUGGUUGUUGAAACAGAUGAGGGAACAAUACAUUUUUUUUAAAGAACAAAGUAGUCUUUUCAUGAUCUGUCUUUUCUGCCAGUCAUUUAACUUUUUUAUUUUUUGUAAUGGAGGAAAUAUUUCCUUGUUUGCAUAACUAGUCCAACUGGAGCUACUGUUUUGUUUUCUUUGGAUUAAAGAUGGUGGGGGAGGUUUUUCACAUUCCAAGCAAGAAUACUGGAUUAUUUUGUGUCAGUAAUGUGCUAGGGGUUGAUAUGUAAAGCAAUUACAUUUGAUCAUUUUAGAUUAUUAUUUAUGCAUCUUUGAAUGGGUUUUGUACCUUGACUCUGAAUAACAUUUGGUAUUUGCUUAUGUAUAUAUAUUUUUUUCCUCCUGAUCAAUCUUUAUGACAGUGGAAAAAUGUGAAUUGAGGAAUGUUUUUGUGACUGCGGUGUAAUAAAGAUGUGUAUUCAUUA